GCUAUGAGGAAGGCUGGUGUUGCCCAUAAUAAAUCCAGCAAAGAUAUGGAGAGUCAUGUGUUCAUGAAGGCCAAAACAAGGGAGGAAUAUCUUUCUCUUGUGGCCAGACUUAUUAUCCAUUUUCGAGAUAUUCACAAUAAGAAAUCUCAAGCCUCGGUCAGUGAUCCAAUGAAUGCCCUGCAGAAUCUGACUGGGGGUCCCCCGACAGGGGCGCCUGGAAUGGGAAUGGCUUCCCGAGCUCAAGGAGCACCAAUGAGUGGGAUGAGUGGCCUUGGCCCAAUGGGACAACAGAUGAGUCUCCCAGGGCAGCAGCCACCUCCUGGAACCUCGGGAAUGGCCCCUCAUGGUAUGCCUGGUGUCUCUACAGCUACUCAGCAGACCCAACUUCAGCUUCAGCAGAUAGCUCAGCAGCAACAGCAGCAGCAGCAACAAUUCCAGCAGCAGCAGGUGGCUUUGCAGCAGCAGCAAUUCCAGGCCCAGCAGUCAGCCAUGCAACAACAGUUUCAGGUCCAGCAGCAGCAGGCAGCAGCAGCUGCAGCAGCCCAGCAGCAGCAGCAGCAACAACAGCAGUUGCAAGCCGUCCAGCAGCAGCAACAGCACAUGCUGAAACUGCAAAUGCAGCAGCAGCAAAACCAACAGCAGGAUAUGCAGGCACAACAGCAGCAGCAACAGCAGCAGCAACAACAGCAACAAAUACCACAGCAACAGAUACAGCAGCAGCCACCUCAACAAGUAAUACAACAGCAGAUGCAACAGAUGCAGCAGCAGCAACAGCAGCAGCAACAACAACAACAGGUUGCUCAGGCACAACAGUCUCAGCUUCCACCACAGUCUCAGCCUCAACCCCAACCCAUGGUAUCUCAGCCACAGGCAAUCUCGGGACAAAUUCCUAGUCAGGUUAUGCCUGUUACUCUUACGCCACAGCAGUUAAAAGCAAUGCAGGUAAGGGUAAGGGCUCAGCUGGUCCAGCAGCAGCAGGCAGCGGCAGCAGUGCAAGCAGCUCAGGCCCAAGCUGCUCAGAUGGGAGCUUCAGGGCAGAUGAUCACCGCACCUAUGGCCCGAGGUGGGAUGCAAAUAAGACCACGGUUCCCGCCUACCACCGCUGUGUCUGCUACGCCGCCAAGCUCCAUUCCUUUGGGCGGACAGCAAAUGCCACAGGUCAGCCAGAACAAUAUUACCAUGAUGUCAUCCCCAUCUCCUGUCCAACAAGCUCAAACACCGCAAUCAAUGCCUCCACCACCACAGCCGCAGCCAUCUCCUCAGCCAGGCCAGCCAAAUUCUCAGCCAAACUCUAAUGUCAGCUCCGGCCCAGCUCCAUCACCCAGCAGCUUUCUCCCCAGUCCAUCUCCACAGCCAUCCCAGAGCCCAGCAGCUGCACGAACACCUCAGAACUUUAGUGUCCCGUCCCCAGGUCCUUUAAACACCCCAGGAAAUCCAAAUUCUGUCAUGAGUCCAGCCAGUUCUAGCCAGUCAGAGGAGCAACAGUAUCUGGAGAAACUCAAACAGCUAUCAAAAUACAUUGAGCCACUCCGGAGGAUGAUCAAUAAAAUAGAUAAAAAUGAAGAUAGGAAGAAGGACCUGAGUAAAAUGAAGAGUCUCUUGGAUAUCCUGACUGACCCUUCAAAACGGUGCCCUCUGAAGACACUGCAGAAAUGCGAAAUUGCUCUGGAGAAGCUGAAAAAUGAUAUGGCUGUGCCUACUCCACCGCCUCCCCCAGUGCCCCCCACCAAACAGCAGUACUUGUGUCAGCCACUUUUGGAUGCUGUUUUGGCCAACAUCCGUUCACCAGUCUUCAACCAUUCCCUUUACCGUACGUUUAUGCCAGCUAUGACUGCAAUUCACGGACCACCUAUCACGGCUCCAGUUGCUUCACCUCGAAAACGGAAAUAUGAAGAGGAUGAAAGACAGACCAUACCAAAUGUCUUACAAGGGGAAGUUGCAAGAUUAAAUCCUAAAUUCCUGGUAAACCUGGACCCUUCCCACUGCAGUAAUAAUGGCACAGUUCAUCUCAUAUGCAAGCUAGAUGACAAGAAUCUUCCAAAUGUCCCACCACUACAGCUCAGUGUUCCAGCGGACUAUCCAGAUCAGAGCCCUCUGUGGAUAAAAAAUCCUAGACAGUAUGCAGCCAAUCCCUUUUUGCAGUCAGUGUAUCGGUACAUGACUUCAAAACUAUUGCAACUUCCAGACAAACAUUCAGUCACGGCACUCUUAAACACCUGGGCACAAAGUAUUCGUCAGGCCUGCCUAUCUGCUGCAUAACAUCUCACUUCAUAAGUCGUGAAGCAAGAAAGAAGGUCUCAAUAGCUGGCCUCUUCCACAUGCCACUGGAAAAUCACAUUUUGGGGAGGGUACUUCAGAAGAAAGAAGCCUUACGUUGUUUUGUUUCUAGGUGUCAGGUUCAGUAGAGAACCUGAUGUUAGACUUAGCCUUCAUGCUUUUUCUCUUCUGCCUCUGUGGACUUUUGCCAGCAUUUUCAAAUAUACAAAAUGUGUAUAUAUGGUUCUUGAGACUGUAUUAGGAUGAGUUUUUAUUGUCUUCUUAGAGAAGAAAUUAUUUGUGGACUUCCAUCAGGGAGUCUGGUAUAAGAGGUAGUAGGGAGAGAAUGUCCUAAUUUGCUUCAAAGUUUGCUCAGUGCCAGUAUUCCUUUCACACUGUAUGUUUUGUGACCCGAUACUGCCCCAGAAAUAAAUUAGCUGCAACUAGAA